AUGCAUCUACUUUUUCAAACAAUUUCAGCUAUCAUUGCAUUUACCUUUACUUAUGGUGUUUCGCAUAUCUCUAAUAAUAAAAACAGUGUUUUGUUUGAAAAUGCUACCAACCUCUCUACUUCAAGCCUCGUGGUUCCUCAAAGGAGAAAGUCGUUAGCCUACAAACUCAAACAUUUAGAAGAAUUCUCUGGUAAGGAAAUUGAAGACGGGUCUAGUAAAUCGGGUUUGAGAUUAGCCUGCGGAGAGAAGAACUUGAAGAUUACUAUCAAGAGAGACUUCUUCGGUAGAGGUGUCCCUUUCCCCCCAAGCUUUAUCCGACUCGGUGAUGACCCCGAGGCUCAUGGAGUAUGUAGGCCUCCUCAGAUGAAUCUUUUGUCCUCCACCGAGAUGGUGCUGUCUGCUGGUUUACAUGACUGUGGGAGCAAAUCAGAAGUGAUUGGAGACUGGCUUAUUUACUCCAAUAGACUAGUGUUCACCCCUGCACCGCUACAAACCUUUAGUGGCAGUCUGAUCCAGCGGGGAUUGCCCUCAGUGGUGCUUAUUGAAUGUCAUUAUAAAAGGAGGCAAACAGUAAGAAGUGAGCCCUUGACCCCCACCUGGUUACCGAUGACCUCCACUGUCCAGGCUGCAGGACUGCUGAGUUUUUCCCUGAAGGUCAUGGGGGAUGACUGGAGGUCUGUCAGCAGUUCCAUGGUCUACCUGCAGGGGGAGCCAGUGUUCCUGGAGGCGGCGGUGUCCGCUCCUCUGCACCCUCUUCUGCGUCUGUAUGUGGACUACUGUGUGGCCUCUCUGGACUCUGAUCCCCUUUCCAAACCACGUUAUGAAUUCAUUGUGAAUCACGGGUGUCUGGUUGACAGCCUGAUGCCCUACUCCUCGUCCCAGUUUGCCCCUAGAGCUGGAGAUAACAGCCUCCGGUUCAGCAUCCAGGCCUUCCAAUUCACCCAGGAGUCGCAGCAGGAACAGGUCGUCAUUAAGUGCCAUCUGACGGUUCUUCCAAAGCAGGUUGCUCCCGACAACUUAUACAAGGCCUGUUCCUUCCACCAGCCUUCGCUCAGCUGGCGUUCCGCCGAUGGAGAUGAUGCAGUAUGCUCCUGCUGUGUGACUGGAGACUGCCUCGGGCACAAACAUGGGACAAACAUGAAGGCCAUCUCCAGCACCCCUACACCUCUCCCAACUACAGAAAAGAAGACCAACACUGCAGUUGGCCCACUUCAUUUCCUACCCAGAACUCAAUAAAAGGGUGAACAAUCCAAA